AUGGAAGGAGAACCGCCACCACCACCGCCUCCAAUAGAAAACAACAGUCCAUACUUGUUCACACCUUCCCUUCCAUCAACCUCAUUGCACCACCCUCCUUCACUACUUCAUGACCAGCCAAUGCAGAGCUCUGAGAUUGAUUCAGACAUUGAUUGGGUCAGCCUCCUCUCUGGUUCCAUUGGAAAUGGAGGAGACCCAAAGCCUCUAUCACCAAGUGUAUCACUAACAUCUAGGGUUAACAAUGAAGGAGAGAAUGGCAGCGCUAAAAGCAUAAGAAGAUCUAGAAGAAAGAGAUCAGUUCCACCAAGGAUUGCUUUUCAAACUCGGAGUUCUGAGGAUAUUCUUGAUGAUGGAUACAAGUGGCGAAAAUAUGGGCAGAAAGCUGUGAAGAAUAGCAUCCACCCCAGGUAUACAUACCACUAUUUUGCUUCUCUGUCUCUCAAUGUGGCAUGUUUGUACUUUUAG